AAUUCUAGUACCCAUGUCAUCUGCGGUACAACCUGCUCCGUCAGGAGAUGUGCUCGACAGAGCGAUGAUCAAAGAUGUUGACCAAUGGAUUGAGCAACUUUAUGAGUGUAAGCAGCUCAGCGAGAACCAAGUCAAAAUCCUUUGUGAAAAGGCGAAGGAAAUACUCGAGAAAGAGUCCAAUGUCCAAGAAGUCAGAUGUCCCGUUACCGUUUGUGGUGAUGUACACGGACAAUUCCAUGACUUAAUGGAGCUAUUUAAAAUGGGAGGAAAGAGCCCCGAUACGAAUUAUCUGUUCAUGGGUGAUUACGUUGAUCGCGGUUACUACUCAGUUGAAACUGUUAGCUUAUUGGUGUGUCUGAAGAUCAGAUACAAAGAAAGAGUCACUAUUCUUCGUGGCAAUCAUGAGUCUCGACAAAUUACUCAGGUUUACGGGUUCUAUGACGAGUGCCUACGCAAGUAUGGUAAUUCGAAUGUAUGGAAAUACUUCACCGAUCUUUUUGACUGUUUCCCCCUCACCGCUCUUGUGGAUGGUCAAAUAUUUUGCCUCCACGGUGGUUUAUCCCCAUCGAUCGACACCCUCGAUCACAUAAGAGCUCUCGAUCGUAUACAGGAAGUUCCGCAUGAAGGUCCUAUGUGCGAUCUCUUGUGGUCUGACCCCGAUGACCGCGGAGGCUGGGGAAUCUCCCCACGUGGUGCUGGCUAUACUUUUGGUCAGGAUAUCUCCGAGACUUUCAAUCAUUCCAAUGGUCUGACACUUAUCUCGCGUGCGCACCAGCUUGUUAUGGAGGGCUAUAACUGGUGUCAUGAUCGUAAUGUAGUGACGGUAUUUUCUGCACCAAACUAUUGCUAUCGAUGUGGAAAUCAGGCUGCUAUGGCGAGGCGAACCUCACGUAACCCGAAGAACUCCGGACUACUUCCUGUAGUUUGUAUCGCACAAUCCUUACGCACAUCUGCUGUCAUUUCGAUGAAUAGGUUCGAGUUCUCAGUGUAA